AUGAAGAGUGCAGCAGUACUUUUGUAUUUGGUUAUUGUCUUAGUUAACGGUGGCAAAGGAGAAAACCUGAAAACCCACACAAGAUUCCGACGUAGCGUGGCAAAGAACAUCGAUAUCUACACACUGGAUCACUUCAUUGGAUUGAUUGAAAAAAUCGAGAGACAUCAGCUAGCUAAAAAUAAACCGCUUAAAGUCAUUGCUAACUAUAUUCGAAAACUUAGCUACAAUGACAAUAAAUGGACAACCUUAUUAGGAAAACAAUCAGAUUCACUACCCGAUGGAAUUCUUACUCCACAAGAGAAGGCAGUUCUGACCAAUAUGGUUAAUCAUCGCUUCCUGGGUCAGCAAGAGCAAGGAGUGGUCCACACACCGUUUGGUGACGUAGCCAUGGGGCGUGUUAUAACAGGAAUAUGUCAGCUUCUUCGCAUGUACUACCAAAAUGGAGUAGUUUACAACAAGUUUUACGCUGCUUGCAAAAGACAACGAAUUUUCAAUGCAAUUGUUAUGGAGAGCCAGCUUACCAGACAAGUAACAUUGGCUGCGUACGCUAUAAAAACCGUGUGGAAUGAUGGAGUUGACUUUUCUACAGUUAGCAACAGCGAAAUUCCUGGAAUUUCACAGACUACAAUUCAGAAAUUUUACACUCAUAUUGUGGAUARUACUGUAUUGAGGCAGAGAAGAAGUACAGAUACUGGAAAAGGCAAACGUAUAGAAUUCUUCAAUGUAUGCAAAGGUUAUAACAAGACAACCUGUCCACCACUGUAUAUCGCAGUAUACGGAGAAAACUCAACAAAUUCUUGUUCCGAUCUCGACUGUUCACUUCCUAGUGAAAUAAAAUUCACAAUAAAAACAGCUCAAAUAGCGAAAGUCACWGUCUGUCACUUUAGAGUGCCUUCAGACCACCUAACUGACGCAGCUGAAGUAUCAAUAUCGAUCCAUGCAGCUAAUGACUCGAUCAYAUUGUACACUUCUCGCAGUCAUCAGAAACCAGAUGAAAACACCUACGACAAAAUGCUAGCGGCGAAAGAAGAUGGAAAAACAAAAGCGAUAUCGAUCAAAACCCCUUGUGCAGCUCCAAGUAACUGUCAUCCAAUCUACAUGUCUCUUAAAGGAGCAGGUGUCAAAUGCAAUUGUUUGAAUGAGACAGAGUGCGCAGUGCCUAAUGAAGUUACAAUAAAAGUUAARCAAAAAGAUCCUAUUCGUCUUCCGACCGAAGUUCCGCAAUAUAAAGAGGUCAAAUGUUUCUUCAAAGUACCGUCUGAGAAGCUUCUUGGAKCCGAAGACGUUGCUAUUGAGGUCAGCUCAAACAUAUCUUCUGCUGUUGUGAUCUACCUAUCGAGGACACAUGACAGGCCCGACAGCUCAAAUUUUACUGAUAAACUUUCUACAUCAGCUGGAAAUGGCACUGUGAUGAAGAUACGGGAUCCAUGUUCUGGUUACAAUACUUGUCCACCACUUCAUCUGACCAUCAUAGGAACUACGAUAUCCUGCAACUGCACCACAGAUUUUUCAGGAAAAAAGGAAAAUUGCAGUCUUCCAAAAGAUGUCACCAUAACAUUGACCAAAGGUCAAACAAAGAGCUCUGCGAAUACCUUGAAAAAAGUUAUCCUGGUCAUGAUAGUUGGUGUUUUCUUGUGCUUCGCUACUUCAUAAACACGAGAAAUACAGAUUCCUAAUCGCUCAUCAAAAGCUUACAGAAAUUAGUGUCAAGUCCAAAUAUAGGACCAACCAGGGGCUUAAGGAGACUCCUUGUUUUGAGUGGUGAGAAUUUCUUGUUCAUGGACAAAAUAACACGCUAUUUACUUACUUGAGUCUUUUAUUGCUAGUCUUAAAUAAGCUUGUGAUGAAUAAACGUGAAUUUAUGUUCUGCUGACUCCAUUUCUUUCCAUAUUUAUAGUAACAGUUACGACUAACCGCCAUCUUGAAUUCACUAGUAUUCACCAAUCCUACGCGAUUCCCUAACUUAACUGUCAAACAUAAAAACUCCCAGGGUAGGCUCUAAGUGGGCGUUGCCCACCUUUCUGCCAAUGGGAUCGAUGCAUUUUAUACCACGUGAUCAUUUUGAAUCGUCCAAAGCUCAAUGUAAGCUGUGUCGUCAUUUUGCAGGCUCGAUCUCGUUUCUAAGCAAAACAGGCAACCCAAGCUCUGUUAACGAAGUCUUCAUGCGUUUACUUUGCAGUCCGGGGAAAAUUUCGCAAACGAGCUUUGAAAAGGAAUAGAUAUCUUUGUUUGUCUGCGACGAAUAGCGGCACAGUUGCUGAUAUGCAAGAAACGCUUGCUCGUAUUUCGUCCCUCUCGCAUCGGAGUCCACCCUGCGAACAGAGUGUUAUUUGCCUUACCUCAAUAAAAAUCGAUCGGUUUACGUUGUACUAACAUGCUACAAACUAUCCGCCCCAAAGCGCCAUUCAUUAUUAUUCGUAUGCAAAGUUAUCAACAAAUCAAGUUAUCUUAUAUUAUUAUGCGACUAUUUUUAAUCCUCACGGAAAACCCCUCAAAACAAACGGAUUUGUAUUGGAUUGAAGGGGACUGGUUAGUUUCCUUACAUGGGUGAAGGGGACAGGGUAGUUUCCUAAUAUGGCGAUGACGCCUCAUCAGCUAGCAUUGAGGAUUGUACGAUGAAUUGGCACUUGGGCCUACCCUAGGUUUUUUUGAGUUUGGCUGUUAAGACGGUCUAUGACUGUUGAAUACUAGUGUAUUCAAAAUGGCGAUUAGUCAUAACUGUUAGUAUAAAUAUGGAAAUAACUGGCUUAGCAGACCAUAAACUCAUGUUUAUUCAUCACAAGCUCAUAAGACUAGCAAUAAAAGACUCAAAUAGCGAGGUUAUUGUCCAUGAAUAAGAAUUUCUCAAUACUCAAAACAAGGAGUCUUCUAGAUCCCUUGAGCCAACUGCCAAUUUUAAUUGGCAAAAAAAAGUCAUUAUUCAGAAGUGACAUUAGCUCUUAUAGAGAUAGUCUAAAGUAUGCUAAUUAAGAAAUGACUCUGAAAAUUUUAUUACAAUCUCGAGAAAAUUAACUUUGGAGAAAAAUGAAGGUGUUUUUAUUUUGCAUCGAUUAUCCAAAUAGCUUCGAUUUUUUGGAUUGAAUCUCUUCGUAUUCCUUCUGCUUGGUAUAUAAGCUGAGGGAAAUAUUUAAAUUCUUAGUAAAACAUUCACUGGUAAUCUCAAGCCAGAGACUCAAUCCAGAGGCAGUUUUAAUGGACUGUUUAAUUAUUAUUUUGUAAAAUAUGAAAUACAGAAUCUAUGCAUUUGGAAUGUACAGACAGAAAUGUACCUUCAACGUUUGACCCUAUGUACCUUUAGUUGUGAAAAAUGUACAUUUUUGAUUUUUAAAAAGGGUGGUUAUCAUAAGCCCGUGAAACAAAAUGUAAGAAUCAAAUUGUGUGAUUCCCCUACAAGACAACGAAAAACAAAACUAAGAGUAAUAUGUAGUAAGUUUAAAUAAGUAUGUUUCAAGGGUUGCGAGAACCACUUCUGAACAAUAGAUACUAAUUUGGAAUGUACAGACAGAAAUCUUUUUUCCAGUGUUAUAUAUUAUAUCACAGCAUGUUUCCUGUGUUCAUUGGCUGCGUUUGACUUUAUCAUAUUGACUUUAAUUUCCAAUAUCUCCGUAUGCGACUGGUAGUCAAAAUAUUUCAAACUGAUGCUUCUCAAGUGAGCUGCUUCAGUUAUAUUUGACGGGUUUUCGAAGUAGUGCAAUAUUCUACGUGGUGAAAAGGUACUUUUGCCGGUAUGUAUACUUUUGAGCUAUAUAUAGUGUUUUCAAAUUUUGACUUUUUGCUCUAUUUUUUGGGAUUCUAUGCUAUCGAAUUUAAUUCCUUUGUAACGUUCAUAGUAAACGUUACGUUUCAAUUUCUUUCUUUUACUUACAUUUUAUUCAGCAAAUAGAACUAUAAUGGAUUAGAGAAAACUUUUUCUUGGAGUAUUUACCUAUUUUCCAGAAYAUCCCUUCUGUUGCAUUAUUUAUAACUAUUCAUGUUCUUGCAAGAAAAUCGACGGAAAACAUUUCAUUUAAGAUUUACAUCUGCGCCUUAACGCAAAAAGAUGUAUGCUUUCUUCGAAUUCAACUGUUUUUUGGAAAUCGAGUUAUGAUUUACAAUUUUCAAGUUGCUUUUCAAAUACAAGUAUAUUCAAAUUCUUGGAUUACGAAAAUGAAAGUAUAAUACUGGGUGUGGCUGUAUAUUUGUGCACCUGCUCUUUCGUUUUAUUAUUCCUUCGUGAUUAUAGUUUGAGCUAGCGUUUCUGAAGUGUCUGGCGCAUCGUACAACAGUAUAUUUGAAACCACGGCGUUGGACGUCAAUGAAUAAAUUUUGUUCAUUCGUUUAAGCAUGACUGUUAAUUCUGUGCUUAGUAAAUUGUACGACUUGAUGUCUUUUGUAUAAAUGAUAAUUAAGUAAGAUGUAAACUACAAUCUCCUUCAAAAUAAAAUGAGUUACGUCGAUUUCUUACCGCUUUAGUUCCCUCCUCUCCAGUCAAUGUUGAAUCCAMGCUACAAAAAGUUCCCAUUUCCCGGAAAUACUUAGCGAAGCCAUCCUCUCAACUUUGUAUCAKGGGCAGGGAGCAAGCGACACAUUUAUUUUGUGGAAUAUUGUAGUCCAAAUAUUAUUAACCAAGAGAAGACGACAGAAAAGAUAGAUUUGAGACAGACAGGAAAAGCUACAAAAUUCCCCGAUCAGUAUAAAAUUUGCAUUGGAGUAUUGAGAGACAAAGUACRCUUGCUUAAAAUCCUCGGAUCAAAUCAAAAUAAAUAAUUAACUUCACCA